AAUAAUUUAGGUAUGUUUUGAGACUGAGCUCUACAAAAUAUUUAUAAAUUAAAAUGUUUUUAUCUUUUAAUUAAACAAAAUAAGCAUGGAAACCGUCAGCUCAGUUUCUUUGGGUAGCAUCUGUGAAGGCUGUUUGAGUGUUGAUCGAAAACUAACGCCAAUUAUCGGAGAAGAAAGUGAUGGCUUCCACUGGAUUUUAGAAUCUCUCGAUCAUGUGAGCCACACAAUAUUAUUGUGCUGGGAGUGUGCUGCUAUGUUGAGGAGAACAUUGAGGUUUAGGGAACAAGUAAAGAAUGCUCGAGACAGUCUUGUCCGGUAUAUGCUACAUCAGACUAUCUUAACUUCUCUUUCAUGUCUAGGCAUGACUAAAAAUGACAUCACACUUAACAUAAUAUACAAUCCUGAACAGCUGGUAUCUCAUACAGAAGAGAGCAAAGCAGUAAAAUAUAGUGUUAAAGAAAAAAGGAGAAAUACACAGAAGAAUGUACAGACGAACAAUGAUCAUACUACAGAACCAGUUGCAUUCAUAAAAAUAGAGGAGAAAAAUGAUUAUGAUGAUGAUAUAUUUGAUGACCCGGUGACCGGAGAAGCGGUCAACGAUAAGGAUGUAAAGGCUGUAUUAAAAUCAGACUCUGACCACGUGCCAGUGAAACGGAGAAAGAGACGGAAAACAAAAGAGUAUAGUUUCGACGAAUCCGACGAUGAACCGUUGAAGAAGAAGGCAGAAGGAAAGAGAGGUAUAUCAAAAGAGCGGCCGGCGGGCGUGGUGGAGAACGCUCGCGUGUCGCGAAUGCUGAGUCAGCUCAACGUACGCCCGGGGCAGCUGCAGAUGGUGCUGCUCAGCUGGGAGCAGAUAGAAGAGGAGAGGAAGAAGGCCUUGUCCAGCGAGAAGUUCACCCGGCACGAGUUCCGCUGCGACGACUGCGCGCUCGGCUUCAACCACCGCGUCAAGCUGGACGACCACAUGCGGAGGCACGACCCGGCAAACGGCACUAUAAGCUGUUCGGUGUGCAACAUCCGUUGUAAGGACGCGCAUGCGCUGUGCUCGCAUCGGAGGAGGCAUCGAGUUAGGUGGCGCUGCUGCAGCUGCGGAGCCUUGUUCUCGCGCGCGGGCGUGGCGGCGGACCACGCGGCGCGCGCGCACGCCGCGCCGCCGCCCGACCACCGCUGCCGCGUCUGCCACCACGUGGAGACAACACUAGGAAAACUCCGCAUCCACAUGAAAAAAACCCACUCGGAACGACAGAACUGCGAGCAUUGCGGGAAAAGUUUCAGGGACAAAAGCUCGCUGAAGACACAUCUGUUCAUACACCGAGGGGAGAAAGAUUACGCGUGUACUCACUGCGACAAGAAGUUCCUCUUCAAGAAGGCGUUAGAAGUGCAUCUGGUGACGCACGACGCGCCGCAACACCUGUAUUGUCAUCAGUGCGACGUGAACUUCAAGAAUCAGAUGUCUUACUACCAGCACAUGCGAUACAAUCUGAAACACAUAGACCCGGCGAACUUGAAACACGCGUGCACGAUAUGCGGCAAACGUUUCGCGAAGUCGUCGCGGCUCAGCGAGCACCGCGACGCCGUGCACCUGAAGCGCACGCCCGUCGCGUGCGACCAGCCGCACUGCACGUUUUCGUGUUCGUCUCGGCCGGUUCUGCGCACUCACCUCCGAAUGGUGCACAGAAACGGUCGCUCUGUGAGGAACCACGUGUGUCAUACAUGUGGGAAGUCCUAUACGACGAAGAAGAUUCUGGAAGGCCACAUCCGCAGCCACACGGGCGAGAGGCCGUUCUGCUGCGCUCUGUGCCCGGCCACCUUCGGCUACGACGCCGCGCUCUACAACCACAACAAACUGGUGCAUCUUAAACAGUCUACCCGCAACCGCGCCGUUCCUGCCACGGAGCCUUGGGCCCCAACAGAUGCCCCGCGUCAACAGGAGAAUAUGGAAAGUGACGUCACGUGAUUACAAGAAGCACAGUGACGGUGACAGGGUUGAAAUCUCGAAAGGUCGCUAGAUCAAAUUCAAUUGCAACUGAUAUGUUAUAUGUGAAUUGGUGUAAAUUAUGUGUAUAUAAUAAUAUGUUUUAUUUUUUAUCUGUAUAUUGUGAAAUAAAUGACGGAAAUUUGUUGUUUUGAA